AUUUAAACCAGAAAAUUUGCAGGAACAGGUGUGAAAACGAAGUAUAAUGUCUUUUACGGAAUCUGUAAAAAUAGAGUCCCCCGAGGUGAGUUGUUAUACAAUUUCAAAUAUAAAGUAUAGACAGAUCCAGGCAUUUUUUCUAAAUAUAGUCCAAGUGGAUUUGCUCUAGGUGUAACCUCGGAUAUCUCGCCUGUGUUACUGGUAAAGGCGAAGGAUUUCUCUCUUCUUUUUUUUUUUGAAAAACUGAGAUCGUAUUUUCAUCGCCUCUGCGGUCGACUUUUUCGAAUUAGCCGCGGUUUCCAACAAUGACAUUUUAGAGAGUUCAUUACCCUGG